GAAGUAAGCAUGGUCUCCCCGUCAGUUCUUCCCAAGGUGGUCGAUGAUGCCGUCGAGGGCACUCCUCGCCGGGCCAAAUGGUGGUACGUGACGUUCCACAACGUGACCGCCAUGGUGGGCGCCGGCGUGCUCAGCUUGCCGUACGCCAUGGCUCACCUAGGAUGGGGACCAGGGACGGCGGCGCUGGCGGCGUCGUGGGGGAUGACGCUGUACACGCUGCGGCUGCUGAUCGAGCUGCACGAGUGCGUGCCGGGCGUGCGGUUCGACCGGUACCGUGACCUCGGCGCGCACGCGCUGGGCCCGCGCCUGGGGCCCUGGCUCGUCGUGCCGCAGCAGCUCAUCGUGCAGCUCGGCUGCGACGUGGUGUACAUGGUCAUCGGCGGCGAGUGCCUCCAGAAGUUCGCCGAGUCGGCGUGCCCGUCGUGCGCGCCGCUGCACCAGUCGUACUGGAUCUGCAUCUUCGGCUCCUCCCAGUUCCUCCUCUCCCAGCUCCCCAGCCUCGACUCCAUCACCGCCGUCUCCCUCGCCGCCGCUGUCAUGUCUCUCAGCUACUCGACGAUAUCGUGGGCGGCGUGCGUGGCGAGGGGGCCGGCGGGCGGGGUGAGCUACGCGUACAAGGAGGGGACGGCGGCGGACUCGGUGUUCCGGGUGUGCAGCGCGCUGGGCCAGGUGGCGUUCGCGUACGCGGGGCACGGCGUGGUGCUGGAGAUCCAGGCCACGGUCCCGUCCAGGCCGACCAAGCCGUCGAGGGGCCCCAUGUGGAAGGGCACCGUCGUGGCUUACCUCGUCACCGCGCUCUGCUACUUCCCCGUCGCGCUCGCCGGCUACUGGGCGUUCGGCCGCGACGUCUCCGACAACGUGCUCGUCGCGCUGCGGCGCCCGCCCUGGCUCGUCGCCGCCGCCAACAUGAUGGUCGUCGUCCACGUCCUCGGCAGCUACCAGGUGUACGCCAUGCCCAUCUUCGAGACCCUCGAGACGAUCCUGGUCACGAGGCUCAGGGCUCCCCCGGGCGCGCUCCUCCGUCUCGUCGCCCGAUCCGCCUACGUCGCGUUCACGCUGUUUGUCGCGGUGACGUUCCCGUUCUUCGGCGACCUGCUCGGCUUCUUCGGGGGCUUCGGGUUCACUCCGACGUCCUACUUCCUCCCCUGCAUUCUGUGGCUGAAGAUCAAGAAGCCUCCGAGAUUCAGCGCGUCGUGGUUUGCCAACUGGGGCUGCAUCGUCGUUGGAGUGCUGCUGAUGGUCGCUUCCACCAUCGGUGGGAUACGAAGCAUCAUCCAGGAUGCCUCGACGUUCCAAUUCUACUCGUGAUGGGUGGUGAUGAUGUAUCCGUACUGACGUACAUACAGGAUCAGAAUGUUCACCCAAGAAACCAGAGGCCUCAAGACCAGUUGCAAACGACGGCAUCUUUAUUGAACUUCAUCGAAGAUCGUUGUCCUCACGAUGUGUAAUGGCAUACCAAUUGCAAUCCACACAGUACACCAGAUUUAAUACUUUCACAACCGGAUUUAAUACGUAGUAGAUCUAAUACUUUCACACGGUUUCACGAACCUAGGCACCUAGCCACUGAAUAACAUUAUUUCACACGAACUCAUCAAAUCAUAAAACCAAUCUGAGUGGAGGUUCUAUGGAGGGUCUCAAAAGAUGGUGGUGUGACACAUAAUUGAUGAUUGGAUAAAUGAUUUGAGUUUCAUGAGGAUGAAAUAGGGUGUACACAGUUAUCUAGAUUGUGAAACUGGAUUGAAACUUUUACCAAGAGCAAUUCGUUGCAUCAUCACAUAUUUUGAUGCAAAAUUUAAGUGAUAUGUUAGCAUAUGAAAGUGUGAAAUAAAAUUUUGC